UGCUGAUUUUUUUUGCAGUGUUUCAUAUGGAGUAGUUCUGGUGUUAGAUGGUGCAAUACAGUGCACACAGAGAGAUGAGUUCUCUUACCAGGAGAUGCUGACACACUUAGCCCUCUGCUCACAUCCAAACCCUAAACAGGUACUGAUCAUUGGUGGUGGCGAUGGGGGCGUUGCAAGAGAAGUUGUAAAACACACAGCUGUAGAAACUGCCACAAUAUGUGAAAUUGAUGAGAUGGUGGUUAAAGUUGCUAAGCAAUUUCUCCCCCAAAUGGCAAAAGGCUUCGAGAGCCCCAAGUUAAAUCUGCAUAUCGGUGAUGGGUUUGAAUUCAUGAAACAACACCAGGGGGAGUUUGAUGUCAUCAUCACCGAUUCCUCAGACCCUGUUGGUCCUGCACAGAGCCUAUUCCAGAAGGAGUACUACACCUUGAUCAGCGGAGCUUUAAAACCUGACGGUGUACUCUGCUCACAAGGAGAAUGUAUUUGGAUUGAUCUUGAAUUGAUAACAAAGAUGAAUAAGUUCUGCAGAGAGUUAUUCCCAGUGGUGGAUUAUGCAACCAUGUCUGUCCCAAGCUACACUUGUGGUCAGAUUGGAGCAAUUCUAUGCAGCAAGAGUCCAGAUAUCAGCUUUAGAGAUCCUGUGCGGAAGCUGAGCGAGGAUGAGGUGAAGCAGAUGGACUUGAAGUAUUACAAUCACGACGUACAUCGUGCAGCUUUCAUUGUGCCACAGUUUGUCAAGCAGGCAUUCAGCUAGCAUCAUAUAUGGAGAACAUUCACAAGAUUGUUGUUCCACUAUGGGAUGAACCCAGUCUCCACUAUCCAAGCAUCCAGCUACAAGGUUAUGAAACUAGCCUACACGAUGGCCAGUAUUAUGGAAGAUUAGGUGGCAAUCUCAUACUCAUUUGUAUUUUUAAUCAUCACUGUCAAUCUUAUUACAAUAUUUAAAACGUGUUAAGGCAUAUCUUACUGUCGUGACGUGUGUUGUAACACAAACAAUGUUCGACUAGGAGCUAGUGUCCUUAAAGCCUAGGACACACUGUGCGAUUUUCUACGUUGGCCGCUUGCGAUCGAUGUAAUACGAUGGAAUACGGUGCCGGGUCCGCGCGGUG